GGGGAUGAUAGUGGCCAACAAUCUCUCUUCUCGUGCCCAGCUGGGCCUAGUUUUUCCCCGGGUUCGGAGGCGGGAGGUCGCAGGACCGAUCGCCGCCGCCGCCAGGCCGCUCCGCGACUCGCCGCGAGGGGAUGUCUUCCCCCGAGAGGAGACGUCGUCACGUCGGAGGGUGACAACCGCGCGGCCGCAGUCAGUGAUAGCUCCAGAGUGAUUGUGAAGUGAAUUCGUGGCAGUGCGUCACCUUCCAGGAUCAGUGAUGUGCGUAGCGAGGCGUGGAACUAAGUGAGAGAAACACCGACGAACCGGACCCCGACAGGCUCUGUCGCUGAGCCGAGCACUCCCACCACCUCCAUCGAGAUGGGGCUGGACUUCCUGGUGUCUCCGCGGUGCUACCAGCUGUAUGCCGCCGCCCUGAAGUCGAGCCAGUCGUCGGUGCCGGAGGACUGGAAGGAGCAGCUGGCGAGGGCUGUGGAGGACCUGCCGGAGGACGCCACGGUGCACGAGCUCAUCAAGACCGUCGCCGCUCUCUCGCCGGACCGCGCGCGCACCCUCAUACAGGUGCUGGAGGAGGAGGUGUCGGUGAUGGAGGACGUGGUGGACCACGAGGCGCUGGAGCGGAUCAAGCGCAUACGGCGCGAGCAGCAGACGGAGAUGAAGGCGCUUGCGGCAACGGCGAAGCAGACGCGCGUCGCGGCUCUGGAGGCGUACCGCCAGCUCAUGACCCACUACCCGACCUUCCAAUGGGACCCCUACUACAGCGACCCCAACUACCUGCAGAACCUCGUCUACGAACGGGAUGCCGAGGAGAGAAGAGCAGAGCAGGAGAAAGUGGAGGAUACAAUUGAGCAGAACCUGGCAGAGAAGAAAUUCUUGAUGGCUGAAAUUAAAGAACUGCGAGAGCAGCGGGCAGUUCUGCAGAGCCGCAUGGAUGACGGCUGCGAACUCGACCUGGAGGAGGAACUCCGCAAGGCGCGGCGCGAGAACCAGCUGCUGCGCGACCACUACACCCACCUCUGCAGUCUUGUUGAACAGCAGGAACCAAGAAGCCCAUGUUCACCUUCAAGUGAUUACUAAGUGAUCUCACAACAGACUUGAGUCAGUGAUGCAGUCUUCCUCUUGAUGUUCUCUUGAGAAUUGCUGUAAAAAUAUGUCUUCAUAUGCUUAGUGCUUGUCAAAUCAUAUGUUAAAAGUAGCAGUAAUACAAAUACUUACAGAAAUUUAAAAAACA